GUUUGUCAUACGUAAAGUGAAGUUUUGAGACCUAAUGUAUUUAAAGAUCAAAGCUAUGUUGCAGUCCUAACACUUAUGAAGAUCCCCUACUGGCCAAUCAUACUUGAUCAUGGGCGGAGACUAGACAGAGAAGACACCUUAAGGCUCCAGAGAGACUACAGAGACUCAACCAGAGAGACUACAGAAACUUGAGCAGAGAUACCACAGAGAGACUCAACCAGAGGGAAACUCAACCAGAAACAGCAGUAACCAGACAGAGGAUCAACUAGAGAGAAAAAAUCUUCCAGAGACUAGAUACAGGAUCCAGAUAGAGCUGAAUUAUGAAGACACCUCACUGUGAUAUAUGUGGGAAGAGCUUUUCCAUAUCCAAUAACCUUAAAAAGCACAUGAAGAUCCACGCUGGAGAGAAGCCCUACAGCUGUGACCUUUGUGAUAAAACCUUUAGCCAAGCUGCAAAUGCCAAAGUUCACCGUAGGAUCCACACUGGAGAGAGGCCCUACAGCUGUGACCUCUGUGGUAAAACCUUUAGCCACUCUGGCAAUUUCAAAGUUCACUGCAAGAUCCACACUGAAGAGAAUCCCUACAGCUGUGACCUCUGUCAUAAAACCUUAAGCAGUGGUAACAGUUUAAAAGUUCACCGCAGAAUCCACACUGGCGAGAAGCCCUACAGCUGUGACCUCUGUGAUAAAACCUUUAGCCAUGCUAACAGUUUCACAAUUCACCGCAGAACCCACACUGGAGAGAGGCGCUACAGCUGUGACCUCUGUGGUAAAACCUUUAGCCAGGCUAACGAUUUCACAAUUCACCACAGAAUCCACACUGGAGAGAAGCCCUACAGCUGUGACUUCUGUCAUAAAACCUUUAGCAGUGGUAACAGUUUAACAGUUCACCGCAGAGUCCACACUGGAGAGAAGCCCUACAGCUGUGACCUCUGUGAUAAAACCUUUAGCCAUGCCAACAGUUUCACAAUACACCGCCGAACCAACACUGGAGAGAAGCCCUACAGCUGUGACCUCUGUGAUAAAGCCUUUAGCAGUAGUAACGGUUUAACAGUUCACCGCAGAAUCCACACUGGAGAGAAGCGCUACUGUGCCCUCUGUGGUAAAACCUUUAGCAGUUGUAGCGGUUUCACAAUUCACAGCAGGAUCCACACUGGAGAGAAGCCCUACAGCUGUGACCUCUGUGACUAUUCAUGUAAAACAAGUGGCCAUCUGAAGAGUCACCUGCGUGUCCACAAUAGAAAAACCCCAAAGCAGUGAUGUCUAGGGCCAAACUGUCCCAGUAGUAGUACUGUAUAGCCUUGUUUUUUGCAUAUUUCUGUGAAACUUGCUAAAUAAACAUUAGCUAGCUACACUAUGUACCCUCUAAGCUAAAUAUCUAUUACUUGUUUGGACAAUUUGAUGGUGGAAAAAAGUAAAACCCUUUUAGUUAUGGAGAGGAAUAUAGCUAGAUAGCGCUAGUUCUUUGGGGGGGGGGGGGGGGAUUCCGGUUUUUCCACUUAUCACCAGAAUGGUCAUAACUUUUAAACAAAAGAAUGUUUUUUUAUUGCCCACAUAAUUAUGUAUAUUUCAUAUGCUCUAAGUGUUCCUUUAUCUUGUAAUAAAAGUGGUUGAAAAAGAA